AGUUUUCUGCAAGGCAAUAUGUCUAUCUCGUGGGAUAAGAAAGCGUGUCAAUUAUUAGUGCUUCAAUUUUUUGGCGAUCACAAGCGGUCGAAUGGCAUCCACGUCAAGCUAGCCGCGCGAAAUUAAUCCUUUUGGUAGAAAAUGAGCUUCUCCGUGAAGAAGACUGGCGGUAGAAUGUGGCACGAGGCACGCAAGCAGGAGAAAAAGAUCCGUGGCAUGCUGGUCGAUUAUCGUCGUAGAGCGGAACGUAGACGGGACUACUAUGAGAAAAUUAAAUCAGAUCCUACGCAAUUUCUCCAACUACAUGGCAGGCCAUGCAAGAUAUAUUUGGAUCCGGCAAUAGCUGCUGCAGGUGCUAGUCCUGCAAACAUGAUGCCAUGGCAGAACAAUGAUGACAAUCUCAUAGAUCGUUUUGACGUACGGGCACAUCUUGAUUGGAUACCGGAAGCACCUGAUACCAUUGACGUUGAUAUUGCUUUGACAAGUGAAGAUAGACAUAUCAAUUAUGAACGUUAUCGUAUAAUUGUACAAAAUGAGUUUCUAGGUGUGACUGAGGAAAAGUUUCUGCAUCAGAUACAUUUGGAAGAACAAUUUGGUUCAUCUACAAAAUUGGAUACUGCAAAGGAUAAGAAAAAAUCUGCUAAUAAUGCUGCGAUUGGGUAUAAUUACGAAACGGAAGAACCGAUACCCGAGCCAGUAAAAUCGGGGGAUCCAGUAAUAUCAGAAGAAAAGGGAGAUGAUGAAGAUAGCGAUAUAGAUUUAGAUAUAUGUGUGGACGUAUCUCAAAUAGAACCGUCUCAAGCACAUGAGAUGAAUCUGGUAGCUCAAAAAUAUGGACUUUUAGGUGCUGAUUACUUUAGCUUUUUAACACAAGAUUUUGAAGAAGCUGAAACUUUGCGACAAGCUCGAAAACAGGAGGAGGAGAAAGCUAUGUACUCGGGUCGGCGAUCGCGUAGAGAACGGCGUGCAUUUAGAGAGAAAAAAAUGAUAGGUCGCGUUAUGAGUCCUCCUAGUUAUGCAGCUAGAGAGAGUCCAGAGUAUAAUCCUUAUAGAAAAUCCUCUUCUAAAUCACGAUCGCGAUCCGCGUCGCCUGUAAAUACCGGACAGAUUACUUAUAUCACGAGCUUCGGUGGGGAGGAAGAGACUCAUGGUAGCACAUCACAUUUGUCUUCGUCGAAUUCGAGAAAAGUCAAUUAUUCGUAUCUCAGACGACGGAGAUCGGAUAGUCCUGCUUUUAACGAGAAAACCGUUACUAGAAAAAUAUCCAAAUCUAGAUCAAGAAGUUGUUCACGCUCCAUUAGUAGAACUAAGUCUUAUAGGGCACAUGAUAAAAAGCGAAGUGGAUCCAGAAUAAGUUCUAGAUCUAGAGGUACGCGUUCGAGAGUUCGAAAGUACACAAGAUCCCGAACAAGAAGUCAUUCUAGACGAUCACGAACGCGAAGCAAAUCACGCUCGCGCUGCAAAAGUAUCAGUAGAUCUCGAUCGCGUUCAAUUUCUCGAUCGAAGACGAGGUCUAGAUCCCGUUCGCGUGUGAAGAAGAGGAGCUCGUCCUCGAGCAGUGUGUCCAAGUCAAGAUCGAGGUCUAAAUCACGUAAUAGAAGCCGUUCAAGGGACAGUUACCGAAAGAAACGCUAUUCGCCGUCAAAAUCGAGAUCCAAAUCUCGUUCGAGAUCAAAAUCUCCAUCAAGAUCUAGGUCACGGUCGAAGAGUCAAUCUAGCUGUAAACGAUCGCGCAGCGACGAUAAUAAGAUACCAGCACUGCCAAGGUAUUAUGGUCGUCGCGGAAAAUCGUCAAGCCUCGAAUUAGAGCUGUCUGAUAAUGAAGAAAAAUCCAAUUCAACAACAUCGAAGACAUCGAUUAAUACAAGCAUGAACAAGCCAAAAGCAGGGUUAAGUACAAAUUCUGGUGUCGGACACAAAUCAUUGAAAACCACACCUCAGGAGCGGCUUAAAAAGAAAAUGCAGGCCUUGUUAAACAGGCAAUACAAAGCAGACAAGAAAGCCGAACAAUUGAGAAUCGAAAAGAUGGAGCAACAGCGACAAGAUCGAGAAGAUGAGAUACGAGAAAUGUCUUUGAAACUUCGUAGAAAACAGAGAGAGCGAAGACAUCGUUACGAAGGCCACAGUUCUGAUACGCGUUCUUCUGUGUCUCGUACACCGAGCCCGAGCCGUAGUCCAAGGCAUCACGUACGUCGUGAGAGGCGUGACGUGGACAAUGAUCGUGAACGGGAGCGGGACAGAGAGAGAGAUCGGCGCGAUGAUCGCGAUCGGAGUCGAACUGAAUCACGUAGAAAAUACAGAGAUUCGCCGCUUCGUUCGCUGAGUCCGAGGAGCAGUCGAGGCCUAGUCGACUACUGACUUCAGGAUACAACAGAAUACUGUUAAUCUUCCAUCCAAAUAAUUUGAAACAUUACGAAUAUUUCCUGUACAACUGCAUUCCUUUCUUGGGCCAUCGUUGAUUGCUUAAAAAUUCGUGUCAUGAAGAAAAGGUGUAUGAAAUAAUAUAUCAUACAUAAGACGAAUUGUUCUAAAACGUGCGUCAUAUGAAUUAUAGUGUGACUUAAUCCACUUUACGAUAUAUAUAUAUAUAUAUAUAAAAGCAACUGGAAGAAUAAUUAUAUAUAAUUUAUGCAUAUUUGCUUAUAUAAGAAUUAGAGAAACCAAUGUAAAAAUAAUUGACAUUAUUCUUACGUUGUGUGUUAGUGAAAGAUAUAUAAAAAUAAUUAAUGUUAUUGCAAGGAAAUCAUGUUUAUAAUUCUUAUUUCACAUGAACAAAGCAAGAGUGGACGGAUUAACAAUAUGGAUUCUUAUAUCGAAAAUAUACCAUCGUAUUUUAGAAUUGAAUGCACUUUGCUAUCUUAUUAUAUAGGUACAUUAUUGUUAGAUAAUUAUUGAACAAUAAAGACACCCGUUACUCAGCA